AUGGCUCCCAAGCGUCUCGGCGGCUCGCGCCGCUCCUACAACCCCAUCACUGGCGUCUACAAUGCGUUCGUCGUUUCGGAGAACGCCCCCAUUGUCCGCAGCGUCACUGCUUUCGGCGUCGCCGUCGCAUUUCUUGCUACCGGCUGGGCUGAGGCCAUUCUUUGCCCGCAGUAA